GGCGCCCGCCGCUCCCGGGGCUCGGCGCGGGCCUGGGGAAUCGGGAGCCCGCUGCCGGGGUCGCAGUAUGGGGCGCUUUCGCGGGGGUCUGCGGUGCAUCAAGUAUCUGCUGCUCGGCUUCAACCUGCUGUUCUGGCUGGCCGGAUCGGCGGUCAUUGCUUUUGGACUAUGGUUCCGGUUCGGAGGAGCCAUAAAGGAACUGUCAUCGGAGGACACGUCCCCGGAGUAUUUCUAUAUAGGGCUCUACGUGUUGGUUGGAGCCGGGGCCCUGAUGAUGGCUGUGGGGUUCUUCGGGUGCUGUGGAGCCAUGCGUGAGUCACAGUGUGUGCUUGGAUCAUUUUUCACCUGUCUGCUGGUGAUAUUUGCUGCCGAAGUAACCACUGGGGUGUUUGCUUUUAUAGGCAAGGACGUCGCUGUACGACACGUACAGACUAUGUAUGAGGAGGCGUACAGCGAUUACCUUAAAGGCCGGGGAAGGGGCAAUGGCACCCUUAUCACCUUCCACUCAGCAUUUCAGUGCUGUGGGAAAGAAAGCUCCGAACAAGUCCAGCCCACCUGUCCGAAGGAGCUUCCAGGCCACAAGAAUUGCAUCGACAAAAUUGAAACCAUAAUCAGUGUUAAGCUGCAGCUCGUUGGAAUUGUUGGUAUCGGGAUUGCGGGUCUCACGAUCUUUGGCAUGAUAUUCAGCAUGGUGCUUUGCUGCGCAAUACGAAACUCACGAGAUGUGAUUUGAAGAUACUUCGUCAUGAAAAUUGCAGUCUAGAGUUUUCAUGCUAAAUGUCACAAGAGCUAUCUCAGCUCACUUUUAAUAUUCAGGAUUUUAGAAGCUAAAAUAAUUUGCUUUUAACUGUACAUUUGCACAUGUAUGUAUGUCUGACUCAUUACUGACUUGCCCCUUGAGUGAAUGUCACGUGUGGUCUGUGUGUUUCUGGUAUAUGCAUUUCAGUACUGACAUCUGUUUCCUGGGAAUCCCUAGUUCUUGUGUGCAGAUGGAAUAACCUAUUGAAGUACCAGGAAAAAAGUGAUCAAGCUUGGAAAGGCUUGUAAAACCUGGCUGUUCAGGGAAUGUGAUAAUGGCCCAUUUCUCAGAUUUUAGCCAUUUCAGUUAGAUCCAUAAAGAGAAUGCAGGAUUUCUAGUUAAUGGAAGCAAUAAGCUCUUAGAAUUGAGGGCUCAAGAUUGAUGUGUCUGAGUUGAGUGUAAAGGUUUCUUAGAGUAUAUAUAUUCUCCCCAGAAUACAAUAAACCAACAGUUUUAGAACUUAACACAUCUGUAAAAGUAAAUAUAGCAUGGAAACUCUCAUUUCAAAACACCGUCCUUUCUUAGUAUUUAAAAGCAGAAAACCUCUCUCUGGAAAGGGAAGUUACAUAGACAGGCAUGUGCCCCAUAAAAGUGAGUGCUUUUAGGACUAAAGAUAGCGACUUUUAAGGGGGAAAAUGUUGCUAGACAAAGGCAUGUAGAUAUGUUGCUUUAACCCUCUCUUUCCUGCCUCUGCUUUGAGCUGCUGGAAGCCUCGCCUUUCCAGAAGGGCUUUCAUCCCCCUCUCCUCGCUCCUCGUGCUUCUCCAGUUGCAGUGGUAGACAGCAAGAGCGCUGCAGUGGGGGGCGGGCGAACCCCACAGUGGCAGACAGCAAGAGCGCUGCAGUGCGGGACAGGCGAACCCCGCUGGCACUGCUCCUUUGGAAUACCUCAUAACUUGAGUUUACAUAAUCUUCCUAAUUUUUUGCAUUUUCUAAUUAAUCCAUGUAGAGAGUUCUUUAUAGAUUUAGAAUACAGUUUUCAUCCUUUAAAAUAAAUAAAUCCCCCAUAACAUGCAAGAUAUUAUAUUAUGAGUACCGAGGUCAAACCAAGAUAAACACCUCUCCGAGGUGUGUACACACAACAAAGGCAAACUGGCGAAUCAAAGAUACUUUUCUACAUACAGCUCCAGCACAUGUAUGUUCCUUCUCAGCAAAUCCCUGUGGAAAGAAAUACUCAGGUUCUUUGGGGCCCUGAGUGGUUGAUUUGAAGUGGGAAAACCCAGCCAGGACUCAGCCUCUUGACUGCAAGAGGGAAACCCCAAGUAGGGAUCUAAACCGGCAAGUUUGUCAUGAUUUAGCAGCUGUUAAAGGACUGAAAUUACAGAUUUUAACGUUGUAUUUGACCACACAAAAGUGAGGGUGGGAGGGAUUUUGGAAACCCUAAGAGGAGCUUCUGUGCCCACUAGGAACACACAAGACUUUGGGUAUGUGUUAAAGUGCUGAGAAACUUACGCAAGGUAGUUUGCUGAAAACACACAGCUGCCCGGAUGGCACCGCCCCGAGACCACCCACUGCUUUCUUUCAGCCGUUCUUGCUACUGCUACUAGCUUUAGAGAGAAAAGUGUGAGGGAGUUGACAGCUUAACUGUGUGUGACUCCUCUACCUAAGCAAAUUAUUAGUUUUUUUUUAAAAAAAAAUCACUUCAUAUUUUUAAACCCCAGUCGUUGACAAACGCAACCUCUAAAGCAAAGAGGCCCAUCUUAUAAUUUCAGUUUAUAUGUCCGCCUGAGGCCAGAAAGCAGGCUGGAGUGUGUCCUCAGGUUACGCCAGCUCAGAAUUAUUUUCCGUGAGUUUCAUUCUCUAUCUGAAUGAGCAACUUUAAGGGAAACCGCAGGAACUAUAAGUGGGAGAAGAGGAAUAAUUUUUUACCGUGGAGGAAUAAGUCUAGAAACCUGUGCCGUGUGUGAUUAGUGCGCCUCCUGUGGCUUAAGCUUUCCAAAGAAUGUGUGAGUAAGAUUAGAGAAUUCCAUCUCCGAGUAAAGAUGGAUAUAUAUCUUUAUGUGAAUAGAUAAAGCUAUAUCUAUAGAGAUAUAUAAUCCCUAUGUCUUGACCUAUACAUAUCUUAAAUACAUAUCUCUUGAGGAUUUAUACAUAUGUAAUUUUACUACAUGUGUGCCUGUAUGAAAUUAUGGAGAUAAAUGUUUGUAUGCAUACACACGCCCAUGUGUAUACAUCUUCAGUUGUUUCUGUAUACCUGAACUAAUUUGAGAUCAAACCCAAACAUUUUAAGUUAUUUCAAAUUAAAUUUUCUAUGUACUUA